GAGUAGGUGCUGUUGAUCUUUAUGGAACUGCCUUUUAAGGGGGGAGGGGGGAGCCUCUCCCAGCUGGGUAGAACACACUGCCACAGAGGUGGCAGAAGCUGAUUGGCUGAUUGGAGAAGCCCCCUCCUUUUGAACCAUAACUGUCACUGUUUUCUAGAAAAGUCCACCUGUCUGUGGGUGGCCCACUCUCAGGUAUCAGUUACAGAGUCCUGAGGCAGGCGUCUGAAGAUGGCAGGCAAGCAAGGGUACAGUUGCCUCUCAGAUGGCUCUGUGGAGGUUCCAUCUUCUAGUCCUGAAGGCACUCUGAGUCUCAGUCCUCAUAGCCCAGGGUUGUGUCUCAUCUCCCCUCCUAUUGCAGAGCCCCACUGGCUGAGCAAUGUGCCACCACAGCCUGAGUCACCCUCAGAAGUGAACAUCACUUUGGAGGAGCUCCUAGCUCCCAUUACUGAAAAGCUCAAGUAUUUGCUGAAGAAAGCAGAGGACUUCCAGACAUAUCUGCUGUACAGCAGAGACAGAAUGCAGAAGGAGCAAUUUGCCAAAGCUAUGCCCACAUUCCUGCAGAUGUGCCAGCCUUACUUCCACUACCUGGAAUCAACAGCACGCAGCUGCACACCUUUUUUAAGACCCCCACAGGAACCAGUGCGGAGGCGGCUCCUGGAGAUCUCUCAGCAACUGGCCUGCCAGCUUGAGCAACUGGUGCUGAUGUAUGCUUCCUUCAGCUUUGUCUCUCUAGAAGACACAGAUCCAUUCAGCGUCUCAUGCUUCUUCUGUGGAAAAUUUUGGCUGAAUGAGUCACGGCAGGUUUCACUCUUCCGAUACUGUAUCUCAGCACCCUACACAGCUGCCCAUGUUCCCCGCAACCUAUACAAGAAGAUGCGCUGGAACCUUGACAUCUUGGAAGGGUCUGCUGGCCGGAAUCAAACACCCCGGACAGAAUACUAUUUUCUGUGCUUCCGGGAUACAGGAGACGAGACAACAAUGAAGAUACAGAAGCUCUGGUCCAUUGGACGCUGGAUGCCUGUCGACCCCGACAGUGAGCACAGCUCUGAUGUGCUGUCCUGGGUGCUCUGUCGCCAGCCUAGGGGGGAUUACCAGCAACUCCUGACAAUUGGCUUUGAGGAACCCUCCCACACCUUAGCCACAGACCUCUUGGUGCAGAUGCUAAAUGCCCAGAGCUCUGGCCUGCUUAACCAUGAAUCUUCCUGCUGGGUAAGCCCAGGGGAGCAGGUGCAGUAGAAAGUGUAUCCCCCCAUGUAUCUACUAGAAGCAUCCCCUGCUUCCCAACAUAACAUCACCACCACAUCAGCUGGCAUGCUGGACCAGAAUGUGGGUUUCUUCAGAAUAGACAGAGAAAGGUCAUGCCAGUGGCUUGUCUUGCAGAUAUUCCAGUUUAAGAUUUUCCCAGCUGUGCUCUGAAACACACACAAAUCCUGACUCUUUUUCUUCUAGAUGACAUUUCAAUCUCCUUUGGACCUGCAGUACUUACAAUGGAGAUGAGUGUUGUUGUUGUUUAUACAAAAAUAUAGGUUACAGGUCACAGCUUGCCCCCUCUGCCUUCAUAUGGCUAGCCACUGAAUAGCUGGUGAGAUGACCUACUCUGAGAUAAGUCACAUAUCCCACAUUCAUGGGUACUCAUCUUACAAGGUACCUUGGGAUGGCACUAGAAGUGAGCGGAUUAUACAUUCCUCCUUCAGAGAAGGUAUCUUUGUAGUGCCCCAAAACAGGACUCAGGAGUAUUAUGGGAGGUAUUUCUAAGUUAUCCCAGCAGACCAGGAUAAAGUGUCUCCCCUCGCAAGCUUGGGCCCCAACUCCUUUGCAUUUAGACAUUCCUUGUUUCCCUCUCCCCACUUCCUCCUGCACUUCAGACAGGCAGACCAAAGUCUCUGAAGCACCCAACAGGAGACACCAAGACUUUUGGAUUAAAAUAUGUAUGCAUAACAUCCCUAAUAAAGCAAUACAGGCUGGUUCUA